AUGAAUUUUGAUGAUGUGAACUACAAAUUACCGGAAUUCAAUAGAAUACAAUUUGAGAAGACUAUAGAAGUAGAUGGGAGUAUUUGCAACACUUAUUGUACAGAUAAGAUGAUUGUAUAUGCAACAGAAACAACAGUAUACGCGUAUGAUGGUAAAAAGAAUUCUAAGAUCUACAAUUCAACUAUCAAAAUAACUACAAUUUAUGCACACGAUGAUGUCAUUUACAUUGGAUUCAACACGAAUGAGACUCUGUUUAUUACAUUAUCUAAGACAGUAAUAGGAAAAUGCGAAAUGAAUGAUGCAAUUAUUGCAUUCAAAAAGGUACAAGAUUGUUUGCUGAUACUUACACCAAAUUGUAUUCAUAUUUACGAUUUAAAGACAAAUCGAAUAUUGAAGGAGUUCAGGUUAUUUAUCAAUUUGAUUGGUAUUGAAGAAUAUGAUGGGAGGCUGUAUGUAUUAGACAAGAACAAGAUCAAACAAAUUGAGAUCAAUAAUCUAGAAAUGAAAAUUAUAGAGGAAAAAUACAAGUUUAGAACAAAAAUGAUGUCUGGGUUCAGAAUGAUCAAAAAUGGAUGUAUUGGAUUUGGUGAAACAAGAAUAUACGUGAUAACAGAAAAUGGAAAAGUGGAUAAAAUAUCACAUUACAAGAGUAUCACUGACAUAUUAAUCUGCUGCAACAGUAUCUAUACAGCAUCCAAAGAUCACCACAUUAAGGCAUUUGAUUUCAAUCUAAAACGGUGUUCAAGCGUGAAUAUCAGAGAACCAGCACAAAACAUUGCAUUUAUCAGAGAUGAUUUGUAUGUGAUUGGACAAAGUGGGAUUUAUAUCAAGAAAAAGAAGGUUCCUUUGAAGAUCAAGGAAGAUGAAGCAAAGAUUAGGAAACUGACAGAUUUCGAAGAGAAACUCACAGUUAAUACAUUUGGAAGAAAUUCAAAACAAAGAAACGAGUGGGAGAGACAUCUCAUGCAUCAUAAUCACAAGAAAGCAUUUGCUCUGGUAUUUGCAGAAGGAGACCUAUCGAAUAUUUAUUCUGUGAUGAAGUAUUUGUAUGAGAAAAGGCAACUAAAAAGUUUGCUCGUUGAUCAGAAAGAAUCAUUUGUGAUGGAAUUCACUGGAUUUAUUGUAGAUUAUUUCUACAUCAGUGAUCUUCAACCUAUUUUGAUCGAAUGUAUGGUGAUUUUAGCAUCGUUGUAUGCCAGAUUGCUCAAAACCAAAGCAUUUGAUGAGUUACUGGAAUUAUUUGGAAAUGUUUUGGAAGAUGAAAUAGAAUUUGGUGAGCUCAAAAUUCGAACAGUUUCUUUUUUAGAGAGUUUUAUGCAAUAA